AUGGAAUUCCAAGGUAUCAAGAAUUGGGAAGGUUUGCUUGAUCCACUCGAUGAUGAUCUCCGUAAGGAGAUCUUAAGGUAUGGGGAAUUUGUCGAAGCAGCCUAUCGCUGCUUCGACUUUGACGUGUCAUCACCUACGUACGCCACUUGUCGUUAUCCUACGAAUUCAAUGCUGACAGACUGCGGACUAGACAAGAGCGGAUAUAAGGUAAUCAAGAACCUUUAUGCCACGUGUGCAGUUCAAAUGCCAAGUUGGACUAAAAGGUUCCCGAAUUUAGCGUCCCCAUGCUCCAGCUGGAUUGGUUACGUGGCAGUUUGCGAAGACGAGGAAGAGAUCGCCAGACUUGGGCGUCGUGACGUGGUGAUCGCUUAUCGAGGUACCGCCACGUCAUGCGAAUGGCUCGAAAAUUUACGUGCCACGUUAACUUCUUUACCGGAUGACAUGGCACCCGAAAAUUACGAUCAACCCAUGGUACAAAGUGGAUUCUUGAGUUUGUACACAACAAAAAACGAAUGUGAUCAAAGUUUACAAGACACAAUUAGAGAAGAAAUUGGCAACAUUCUUGAAAAGUAUAGUGACGAGCCUUUAAGUAUAACUGUCACAGGCCACAGUCUUGGAGCUGCCCUUGCAACAUUAACAGCGUACGAUAUAACUACAAAAUUUAGUCACGCACCAAUAGUAACAGUCGUAUCAUUUGGAGGGCCUAGAGUAGGAAACAAAAGUUUUAGAUGUCAAUUAGAGAAAAGUGGUACAAAUGUUCUCCGCAUUGUCAACUCCGACGAUCCAAUUACAAAAGUUCCGGGGUUCGUGCUCGACGAAGACGAUAACGUGGCAGAAAAAGGGAGUGCCCACGUGGCGACAACGGGGCUGCCAAGCUGGCUUCAAAAAUGCAUGGAGGAUACACAAUGGGUAUAUGCUGAGGUGGGCAAAGAACUUAGAUUAAGUAGUAAAGACUCUAAAUUUGGCAAAGCAGGAGAUGUUGCCACGUGUCAUGAUCUCAAGACGUAUUUGCACUUAGUGAACAAUUUUGAGCCACUCCGAGCAAUGAGGAAGCUAAAGAGUGUUUUGGGGUCAAUAUGGAGACUGGAAGGCCAAUCGGAGGUUAGCACAGUCGAAAAGGAGAAAGAAAAGCAAGCGGCAAAGUGCCCUCCAGGUACGCGACCGCGAAUUGACCGCGCAUAG